AUGUCUUCUUUGGCUGCAGAACGUCGCAAAAAGCUCAAGGUCUUAAAGCGAGCGAGCAAAGAUGCGACCAGAAAGAAAUAUUAUGACGAAUUGCUUAGCAAACCUAAGGAAGGAUUGCUAGAGUUGAAUGAAAUGGACGCGAUGGAAAUCGACGCUCAAGAGCUUCUAGACGAGGAAGCUCAAGACCCGGAGGACAACAACCAAAGUUCCGAGACCGCCUUUAAAAACAAAAUAGCGAUCGUGCAGGAGCGUCGGGAAAAGCUUAAAGCUUCGAUGGACCGAACUACUGAUUCCAAACAAAAGGAAUGGUUCAGAACUCUGCUCGACAAACCUGAGGAGGACCUAUUUGAAUUAGAUGAUUCUUAUUUCACAGAAUCCAACUCUCGAGAUGGUGCGGAAGAACAAGGUCAGGAUACAAGUAGAAACAGCGAUAAGCAACCAAACAAUAAUACAAGCGUUGAAACAGGGCAUACUCGUGGCCAACUCGGGGACCAUGAGAAGCCAUUGGUUCCCUUUCCUGGAAGCGCUCCAGAUGGAAACGUCAAGACUGUAGGGUGGCUCGGUGGCUGGGGUACUAGAUAUAUCAUGUAUGGCAGUAAAAGCGCUCCGACGUAUCGCAUUGAAGAUUACUGGUAUCCCCCAAAGUACGAAGGUGAGAAACAUAUGACAUAUCAAAAACAGAAUGUUUCCAACCAGGAGAACUGA